AUGAGUUAAUAAAAUAAUCAAGAUAUUGAAAAAAGUUAAAACUAGCAAAUAAAUUUGCCUCAGUAAACUCAAGCUUAAGUAAGUUAUAUUACUGUUGAUGAAAAGCUAAUAAAUCAAUGUAGAUUACAUGUAAGAGCUAACAGAGUUGCUCUUGAAUCUAAAAAUCCUCAGUAUUGUGCUUGCUGCUAAAGAUCAUAUAAAAACUCAAGAAUUUCAUUAUUUUGUUCUUUAAAAGAACUUGCUUUUUUGGGCUCUGGAGUUCCAUUAUAUUUUUAAUUUGUAAAAACAGCUAGAAAUAUGUUAAUAAUGAGUGGUCUGUUUUCAAUUUACAUGAUUUACUACAACUAUUAGGGAAAUUACUGCUAGGAUAACUCAAAUUAAGCUUAAACUUCUAGUUGCUAUAAAGAUUUUUACUCUAAUUUUUCAAUGGUUAAUAUUAAAAAUAAAGAAUAAUAAAUAGAUUAAUACUCUAUAAUAUAGUUUUCACUUGCUAUUGUAAUGUUUUUUGUCAUUAAAAUAUUUUAUAGGCAAAUGGAAACAUUAAAAAGUGAAGUUGAAUAUUUAAAUAGAAGUCCUGAAGAUUAUACUGCUUAGCUAUAUAAUAUGCCAGCAGGUUUCAAAGAUAAAAAUAAAUACCCAGAUAUAAAAAGAUAUGAAACAAAAUCAGUAGUAAAUUUUGGUACUAAUAAAGUAAAUUAAUUCCAAGUAGAAUGCACUAAUACCUAUAAUUAGGAUAAAAAUUAUGAUGAUGUAUCUAGAGUUGGAUAUACUAAAAAUGAAGUAACGCUUGCAAUCUAAAAAUCUUUGAAUGAACAAAAAUUAUAAGUAAUUGCUGUAAAUAUUGCUUAUGAUUUAGAGGAUUUUUAAAAUGGUGACUAAAAUAUAAAGAAUUAUAUUUUACAUGGAGAAAACAGGAGAUAAUACUGCUCAAAGUCUUGUUUUGUUACAUUUUCUUCAAUAAGAGAGCUUAACUAGUUUAUAUCAGAUCAUCAAAGAAAUAUUCUACAAACGCUAUGGGCUAAUUUACGAAUUUACUUUGAAAGACCUUCAAAAAAAUAUUUAAUAUUCAGGAAUAAGUUAAUAAGGGCUAAAAAAGCUCCUGCUCCUGAUGAUGUUUAUUGGGAAAAUAUUUCUUAUGGUAUGAGGCACCCCUAUAAAAAACGGUUAAUGCGCUGUGUGACUUUGUUAGUAAAUAUAUUACUUAUUGGAAUUGCUCUUGGAUGUCUAUUUUAUGUAAACGAUUUAAAGAAGCAGAUAAAAUCUAGCGCUGACUUUUAAGAAUAUAAAAAUAAUAGCUAUGCUCUUAUGGGGCUAAAUUUUUUAAGCAGUGUCAUCAUUUAUAUUAUUAAUCUGAUUAAUAAGCAUGUUGUGACUUAUCUCUCAAAAAAAGAGUAUCACUAAACAAAAACUCAUCUCAGUAUAUCUAAAGGAAACAAUCUCUUUUUAAUACAGCUUUUUAACACAGCAGCUAUCUAUGUUAUAAUUUAUUUAACAAAGUAUAGAGAUCAAAUUUGGAUGAGUUCUGGAAUUUUGGCAGAUGUCAUGAUAACCCAUGCAUGUAUUGCUGUAUUUACUCCUCUUACUGAUUUUAUACUUAAUUUUUAUAAAUACCUUGAAAGAUAUCUUUGCUUACCCUAUGGAAAAAAGGCAUAAAAAAAUACAGUUGAAGAGAAGCUCUUGAUAAAUAAAAUAAUCGAUAGACUAUAAGGAUAUUAAUUUGAUAUUUCAUAUAAAUAUGCAAAUACACUCUACUUUCUAUUUAGUAUAACAUUUUAUGGACCUCUAAUGCCAUCCUUGUACGUUGUAGGUUUUUUUGCUUUAUAUUUAUAAUAUUGGGUUGAUAAAUACCACAUUGUAAAAAGAUACACAAUUUCAAGUACCAUUUCUGCAGAUAUUAAUGGUGAAUUAUACUAAUUUAUUAAAAUCAUACCUCUUCUUUAAAUACUUUCUUAUUGGUUUUGGACUUAGAUUGUUGGAUUUUAGUCUAAAUAACCGUUUAUUUUUUAUGGGAUAGCUAUAUGCUUAGUUACUUUUAUUCUACCAAAUAGAAUUUUUUUAAAAAUAUUUUGCUCUGACCAUAAUACUUCUGUCAAUGAUAAAGAAGAUUUAACAUAUAACGAUGCUUUGAUGAAAGGCUUUUUCAAAAAAUUUUAUGAACAUUCAAAUCCAAUUACUUGUAAAGAAUCAAUGAGAGAAUAUAAAAAUAUUCUAUAGAAACAGUAAUUAUCCAAAAAAUUGACAAGAGAUUUAAACGAAGUAUUAACAAGUACAUAGGAAAAAUAAUCGUUGAUGCAAUUAAGCUCUAUUAUUAAGUAAUACAAAAAUUAAUCUGAUUCAAUAAUUAAUCAAUAACACUUAAGAAUUAUCAAUAAUUAAAACUCAACUGAAAAUUAAAAUAAUAUGGAAAGCCCAUAAGAAAUAUGUUAAUCAUACACAAGUGAGUAAAUUUGCAGUAGCUUUUAAGACUAAAUAAAUUACUAGGAAUAUGCAAAUUAGAGUAAACAGCUUUAAAACAUUAAUAUAGAGCUAAACAAAAUUCAAAGCUGUUAAACUCAACCAAUCUCUUCCUCAAGAGAAAAGUAGCUUAAUUCUUAAAUAAUAAACAUGCAAAAAUUCAGAAAUAUUUAAAAUAUUAACACUAACUUUUUGUGA